AGUUCCGAGUGUAUCGAACAUAAAGGGAAAAAGGAGUUCUCUUGGUGCUGAAGCGCGCCGUUUCGUUGCGCCUUGGCUGCGUUGCUCUGAGAAGCAAGCUCAAGCUCUCAAGUGAAGAUUAGCUUCAUUUCGAAAACAGAUACUUAUGAUUUUGAUCCCAGAUAUUCCAAAUUUACCCCUUCCCGUUCUCUAAUUUUACCACUACCAUGCCCAUCUCUCUUUCAUCUUCCCCCUCUUACCCUAUUCUCAACCUCAAAACCAAACUCCACUCUCCGCUCUAUCUCACGACAGUGAAACGGCACCGUCUCUGGUCUCCAACUCCAACCAGAAAUUACAAUGCCGAUUUCCAAGAAAUUCUUCCCGGAAAAUAUUCCGGUCAUUUGGGAGCCGUUCAGGCACGUGGCAGCUGGUGGAACCUUCCUGGUGUCCAAGCUUUGGAAUCCUCUACGGCGAAGCCUGUUACCGUUUCGAUGGCUCUUAAGCGAAUAUGGGGUUUGAUCGGAGACGAUAAUUGGAUUGUUUUUCUCGCGCUCAGUGCUUUGUUCAUCGCUGCUGUUUCGGAGAUUUCGAUGCCUAGGAUAUUGGCGGCGUCGGUAUUUUCUGCUAACAGCGGUGAGUCCGCAGCGUUUUUUAGAAGCUCGCGGAUGUUGAUUUUACUGUUAAUUAUCUCAGGAAUUUGCAGUGGCUUGCGAAGUGGCUGCUUUGCCAUGGCAAAUACGAUCUUGGUUAAGCGUCUUAGGCGAAGCUUAUAUGCAUCUCUUGUUUUUCAGGAUAUAUCCUUUUUUGACAUGGAAACAGUUGGUAGUUUGACGAAUAGGCUUGGAUCAGAUUGUCAGCGGCUCUCUCAUGUUAUUGGGAAUGAUAUCCAUCUGAUAAUCCGCAAUGCUAUUCAGGGAACAGGUGCUUUGAUAAAUUUACUGACUUUAUCUUGGCCACUUACAUUACCAACAUUGAUUAUAUGCUCUGUUCUUGCUAUAAUAUUUUCCAUUUAUGGCCGGUACCAAAAGAGAGCUGCAAAGUUAAUGCAAGAGUUCAAUGCAUGUGCCAACAAUGUUGCACAAGAAACACUUUCUUUGAUGAGAACUGUCCGGGCUUAUGGAACAGAAGGAGAAGAAGUUGAAAGGUACAAGCGGUGGCUGGAUGAAUUGGCUUUUGUAAGCAUUCGAGAGAGUGCGGCUUAUGGAUUGUGGAGUACGAGUUUUCUCACCCUUUACCGUUUUACACAGGUUCUUGCGGUGCUUUUAGGAGGAAUCUGCAUCAUGAAUUCGCAACUAUCACCUGAACAGCUUACUAAGUACAUAUUAUACUGUGAGUGGUUGAUUUAUGCUACUUGGAGGGUCGUAGACAACUCAUCAUCACUACUGCAGUCCAUUGGAGCAUGUGAAAAGGUUUUCCAUUUAAUGGAUCUCUUGCCUAGUGACCAGUUCUUAUCAAAAGGAGUGAAGCUGCAGAGACUAAUGGGGAAUAUACAGUUUGUGAAUGUAUCUUUUCACUAUCCUUCAAGGAUCUCACAGGUACCUAUACUAGAUCGUCUAAACCUUGCUAUACAAGCCGAUGAAGUGGUUGCAAUUGUUGGUUUAAGUGGUAGUGGAAAAAGCACAAUAGUGAAUCUCCUGCUACGUCUUUAUCAGCCAGUUAGUGGUCAGAUAUACAUGGAUGGUCUCCCACUCGAUGAGUUGGACAUCAGGUGGCUGAGAGAAAAGAUUGGAUUUGUUGGACAGGAACCCGAUUUGUUUAAUAUGGAUAUCAAGUCCAACAUUAAAUACGGUUGCCCUCGAGAAGUUAAAGAUGAAGAUAUAGAAUGGGCUGCAAAGCAAGCCCAUGCGCAUGAAUUUAUUUCAUCUCUUCCUCAUGGUUAUCAAACAAUUGUUGAUAAUGAUUUGCUCAGUGGUGGACAAAAGCAACAAAUUGCUAUUGCUAGGGCGAUUCUCCGUGAUCCUGCAAUUCUUGUCCUGGAUGAAGCCACCAGUGCACUAGAUGCGGAAAGUGAGCACUAUCUCAAAGGGGUUUUUCAUGGACUCAGAAAUGAGAGUAGAUCAAAAAGAACUAUCAUUCUUAUAGCACAUAGGUUGUCUACCAUUAAGACCGCUGACAGAAUUGUUGUAAUGGACAAGGGUCGAAUCAUCGAGAUGGGUGACCACACUGAGCUUCUACAGAAGGGUGGGUUGUACUCUCAAUUAAUCGGUGCCCAAGCCGAAUCCAUGGCUUGAUUCUAAAACCUUCGGAGCAAUUCAGCUGUAUUUCUCAGUUGCCGAUUCAGGGUAGAAGUAAGUAAUCAAUUACCUGUUGUUUUAUUCAUCAUUGUUUUGCAGCUACUGUCUCAUAUUGUAUGAUAGACAUAUGUUGUUGCACGAGUCUGUCUUUAAAGCUGUGGUCCAAAUUUUGUACUUGAAAUGCUGAUUGGCAAAUCAAGGCCCGCAAAUAUUUGCAUUCGACACUUC